GUCAGCCAUGAAAUAAAAUCCAUCAUCAUUGCUUCCUGCUCAGGUUGUACUCUAGAAUCCUUCGCCUGUCCGUCGGAUACUGAAUCCCACCGUCUGUCGUCCACUGUGGGCACUGAUUCUGCCAUGGCGCUUCCUGUUCUACCGUUCCGCGAUAUCAACCUCCACUCUUCUCCCUCCUACUACGCCUUUAACUCCCCGUCGUCGCCUAAUUCUCCGGCGCUCGUUGUUGAGCGGCCAACUGGAGAUCUGCGUCUCAAGGAUGGUGGUCUCUUGGGCGCUAAGCGCAUCUCCAGCAUCGCUGGGAUCCUGGGGAUCGUCAAACUGAAGCUGGAUAAAUACAUCAUCCUGAUCACGAAAGCCCAGCCGGUGGGCCGCCUACGGGGCCACAUGGUCUACAAAGUUGCCGCGACGGAAUUCCUGCCUUUGCGUGAGCGUCCCUUGCAUGAUCGAGACGAAGAUACCUACCUGGCGCUCUUGAAGGAUUUGCUUCGUAAUGGACCGAUGUAUUAUUCAUACUCGUUGGAUCUCACCAACAGCUUCCAGCGUCAGUCUCAAAGCGAUGUUAACCUGCCGCUGUGGAAGCGAGCGGACGACCGUUUUUUCUGGAAUCGCUUCAUCCAGUCUGAUCUAAUCGACUUCAGCCUUGGGAAGAAUGACACAACGGGCAUCCGUUAUGGACCUCAACCAGGAGCCGAUCCAUACAUCCUUCCUGUAAUGUUCGGCAUGCUACGGAUCUCGCCCGCCAAAGUCAAGUCGACGUCCUUUACGUUCGCGCUUAUCACCAGAAGGUCCAGACAUCGUGGUGGCACAAGAUACUUUUCAAGGGGGAUUGAUGAACAAGGCCAUGUGUCAAACUACAACGAGACGGAACAGGUCGUGAUCUUGAACGAUACGACCGGAGGCCUAUCUGGGUUCGAAGGGGGUCAGUCAAUGACAAAUGGGAAAUCUCUGGGCCCAGAUCUUCAGGUUUUGGCUUUUGUCCAGACCCGAGGGAGUGUGCCUGUCUACUGGGCAGAGGUCAAUAAUCUGCGGUAUGUCCCCAAGCUUCAAGUCCGCAGCGUCGAAACCGCUGUCCAGGCCGCACGGAAGCAUUUCGAAGAGCAGAUUCGAGUGUACGGAACAAAUUACCUCGUCAAUCUUGUAAACCAGAAAGGCAGAGAAGAGCAGGUCAAGAGUGCAUAUGAACAGCUGGUUCGCCUGUUGCUCAGCUCCUCGACGGAGAGUACCGAGGCUAAUGAUGUUACCCCUGAGAAAAUCCAUACUCUUGAGCCGGAUAAGACACAGAAAGAAACGGACCGUCUCCAUUAUGUGUACUUUGACUUUCACAAUGAAACGAAGGGUCUUAAGUGGCACCGUGCCGAGUUAUUGAUGGACCACCUGAAGGAUGGACUUUCGCGGGGCGGAUACUUUCGAGGGGUGGAAAACCCAGCUCUUCCCAGCGGGCAGUUGGAGAUACGAUCCUUGCAGACGUCUGUUGUGCGGACAAACUGCAUGGAUUGCCUGGACCGAACGAACGUUGUUCAGAGCAUGCUCGGGCGCUGGGCCGUUACACAGCAGCUGGUUGACGCAGGGGUUCUUCGCCCGGGAGAGGCGGCUCAAGAUGAUCAAGGUUUUGAGGAUAUGUUCCGUAAUAUCUGGGCCGACAAUGCCGACGUUGUCUCAAAGUCGUACUCCGGAACAGGAGCAUUGAAAACUGAUUUCACUCGAACCGGCAAGCGCACCCGUACUGGGAUGGUGCAGGAUUUGAAUAAUUCGUUGACACGAUAUAUACGCAAUAACUUCAUGGAUGGUCCCAGACAGGAUGGUUUCGACGUAUUUCUGGGCACUUAUCUGCCUCCAGCGUCCGCGUUAGGAGAGUUCCAGCUGUUCGUGGAUCGACGGCCACUUAUUAUUCAAUCGAUACCAUACAUCUUUGCUGCAAGCGUCUUCAUGAUCGCUAUUUCUAUGCUGUCGAGACCUGUUCCAAAUGCCACGGUGUGGCCUCUUCGCCUCUUCAUUAUUGUUUGGGUUGCAAUUUGCGCAUGGUGUGUACGCUUCAUGUUUGCGCAUGGGAUGCUCUUUGUUAACUGGCCAAAACUUAAUACCCCUGCGCCCGCCUCGGAAGGCUAUCAGGAUACGCUGAUCAAGGCGCGAUCUGACCCAAUCAUUGGCAGGUGGAUUGCUAAGAGAAGAAACAAAAGAGGACUUAGCAACGCCCGCCUUGGUUUCAUGGAAGAAGGGAAAACAAGAGUUGAGUAACCGGUUCCCACCUUUUUUAUUGCCUCCUAUCUUUCCUCGCAAGUUGUUGACGCCUCUGUUAUGGAUAUCAUGGAUACCUGCACUCUACCUUACCAUGCUUGAAACUCUGAUUGUUUCAUUCGUGUCUUACUCGUCAUGUUCUCUUUCUAUCUGCUAUAUUAUUCAUGCCUUCGUCCUUUCAUCCUUCCACUUGCCUGGACAAGAUCCGGAUUCUCUCUUCAGCCAGUCAUUUAAUCUAUUUUUAUUUUUUAUUUGCCUACAACCCCUUCUCUGCGUGUUACCUUUUCCCUUCGUCUUUAUUCGGGCCUUUCCCUUCCUGUCCUUCAACAAUUCUCUUUUGUUUGCUAGAGUUAGACAAUACAGAUAAUCAUCCCCC